AUGCUUGAUCAUGAUCCUCUACUGGGUUCUGCAUUAGAGAAGUGUGAAACUGGAGUUGUGGCACCAGUGGAGUCGUAUAGAGGUGAGAAUGUUGGGAUUGAACGGGUGCUAGAAAGAGGGUUUUUGUUGAAUUGGACAGCAAGUAAUUGCAGCACAUGUGAAAAAAGUGGUGGCAAGUGUGGAUUUAAUUUCUCUACAUACCAUUUCAAAUGUUUCUGCCCUGACCGACCUCAUGCUCGGCAUUGUAAUUCCGAGUCAGUUCUAUCAGCAGAAUCAAAAUAUGAAGCCUGCAAACCUGCAAACUGCAGUAGCGGUCUUGAAAUAAGCUAUCCCUUUUAUAUCCGUGGUAAUGGAACUGAGUUCUGUGGUCAUCCUGGCUUUGGAAUUCUUUGCCAGGAAGGUAGGCCUAUCUAUAAGACCUCUGGAGCUAGCUACAUCAUUCAGGACAUCACUUAUGAAAACCAUUCCUUUCGAUUGGUUAAUCUUGACGUUAUCAACACCACUUGCCCCAUUCCUAGCUUGAAUUACUCUUUUGAUCGCUCUUCUGUUGAUUUUAUUCCCCACCAUGCUGAUAUUUACUUCUUUUACAACUGCACUAAGUCAUUUACUGUUAACUACACGAUGUCCCGGGUUACUUGUGGUGCCACUGCCAUAAACAAAACCUAUGCUGCAUUAGUCCCUAGGGAUGAGGACUUGAAUUGGGACAAAAGUGUCUGUGAGUCUGUAGUUGCUGCGCCUAUUCAAUUGGAGCCUGAGGAGGCUAAUCAAACAAUCAGAGAUGUUGACUACAAGAGGUUGUUGAAGGACGGAUUUACAUUGAAGUGGAUUGGGCUAGGAAAAUACUGUCCUCAUUGCCAAAGAAGUGGCGGGCGAUGUGGGUUUGAAGAUGAUACCAGUGUAUGUUUCUGUGAUGAUGGAUCCCACCCCAAACACUGCUAUGAUGAAAAUGACAAGCUGGGAUUGAAGCUAGGAUUAGGGUUAAUUUUGUUGUCCUACAUUUACCGGCACCGCUUCAAGAAAAGACGUGAUUCCUCGAACUUGCUGUCAAUGAAUUCCUCAUCAGAUCCCUCCUCAAAAGCAGACCUAGAAGGGGACGGUGGUUACUUCGGCAUCCCCAUCUUCUCUUAUACUGAACUUGAACAAGCCACCAACAAUUUUGACUGUGAAAAAGAACUUGGAGAUGGAGGUUUUGGAACUGUAUAUUAUGGUAAGCUCAAAGACGGACGGGAAGUUGCAGUUAAGCGCCUAUAUGAACACAACUAUAAAAGGGUCCAGCAGUUCAUGAAUGAAAUUGAAAUCCUUACCCGCCUGCGCCACAAACACCUUCUCAUAUCAUCAAUGGCUGCUGUUGAUAUAAGUAGGCACCGGCAUGAGAUUAAUCUUUCUAACUUAGCAAUAAGUAAGAUUCAGAAACGUGCAUUUGACGAGUUGAUCGAUUCAUGCCUUGGGUAUAAUUCAGAUGAGGAAGUCAAAAGAAUGACAACUUCAGUUGCAGAGUUGGCUUUUCAAUGUUUGCAGCAAGACAAGGAAAUGAGACCUUCCAUGGAAAAUGUUCUGCAGGAGUUAAAAAUAAUUCAAGGUGGGGAGUCCAUGGAGAAUCCUGAGGAAGUGCAUGAUGAUGACAAGAGGUCAAAGAACACACUGCCACCACCUUCACCACCCUGUUGCGAUGAGGCUGGUCUAUUGGAGAACAUCCGCCUGCCACCUUCACCAGUUUCAGUUACAGCUAAAUGGGUAAGUAGUUGUUCUACUACACCUAAUGGAAGUGGUUAA